UUCAGAGCGUUCAGUUGACGAAAACAUGGAGCGUGGUAAACGUGGUGCGAAGAGCUUUAUACACAAGCCAGCUGUUCGCAUCGGAAUUGUUGUUCUGGUUGUGCACGCUGUCUGCUGGAUCGGCUGGAGCUCCAUUAGUCCGGGUGUAAACAACACUAAUCACGCGGCCAGGGCAAACGCUCAGCACCAACAGAUCCGAGCCGCAAUGGAAAGCAACAACUAAAUACUCCUAUUUUAGCUAUUUAAUUUCAUUCAUUUAUAAGAAACGCACUGUUGAAACAUUUUUGGCAGUGACUGUUGCAGUUUAACUAAAACAUUUUGUAGUAAAUGUAAAACUAAGUGACAAAGAAAGUUUGCGAAGAUUGUCUGUGAAAAAGCUCUCUGAAUCAGUGCGAAAAAUCAAUCAAUCGAAUUAUAAACAAGUAUCUUGCACAUUGGUUAUUAACCUGGCAAACAAUAUGUUAAAUAUAAUUUUAAAAAAUAUUCAAUAUUGUUUGAAAUGAAGAAAUACGAAAAAUGCUAUAAAACAAUUCAAAAAUGUUAACAAAAGAUCUAGGCUAGCAUU